GUGGUGUCUGGGUCGCCGCCCGGUUCGUCCCAAUACACAGGACCUGCUGUACCACCCUCUGUAGGACCUGCUGUAGGGCCGCUGUAGCCACAGAGCGCGCGCUCAGGUGGUACCGUUCACGGCCUGGCCCCUGGAGGCCCCUAGUGCCAGUCCCGGGCGCGGGCGCGCGUCAUGGAAAUGACGAAACCGGCGACGACAUCCAAACCCAUUGGUUCCCUUUCCUUCAUUCUCCCUCGUUCGCCCCAGAUUCACCAAGCCCGGAAACUUCUGCUCCUCAUCCAUCGUCGCAGACGCAGACGCAGACGAGGGCUCCACUGCCGUGCACCGCACCGCAUUCGCACUGGUCCGCAUCGCGUGGUGCAUCGCUUUCUCAUCCCACUCGCACUAAUGUUAAACUGUUGGCUGUCUCGCCCUGACUGGACUGGGUUUCUGGACGGUUGUUCGACGAAGGGACCAUGCAUGAGUCGUUUCUCUCCGUCAUCGUUUCCCGUCCACUUCCCGUCCACUUGUGCCCGCCUCCUCGCCAUUCUCACACGCGCGCGGCUGAAAACCAAGAAGUGGCAAUGUCCUGAUGUCCCUGGCGUGCCUCGCUUUGCAUUGCCUCGCCUUAUUACUUCCGUCUACCUACGGAAUUGACGUGAGUGACCUUCGUCUACCUUCCUGUCCCUCUAUUGCGGCCAUCCAGUAGUCUGCUAGCCCCCAGUUCCCGCCUGUCAAAUGCCCGGCGGUUGCUCGUUUUGCCGGUUUUGAUUCUCGUCGUCACUUGACUUCACUUCUCGUCUUACUAGGGGUUCACUUGCAUCCCUACCAUACAUACCUACGUCACUUAGGCAUAAGAAGGAGGAAAA